AUGGAACAAACAUUGCAAGUGACGCGACACACCAUGCUGUUAUUUCAGUUGUUGAUCCUUGGUUAUAUGGCAACAGUUUCAAAGAGCUAUAGAAACACUAGCGGUGAUCCUGUAAUCGACUAUUGUGCUAAGCAUACGAUCAAACAAGAACCGAUACAAUUAGAGCUUCAAGAAACAACACUGAGAGAUGCUCCGUUUGGGAUGAUGUUAGGAGCUCCGGAGAUUCUCACACUUGGGGAAAACUUUAUUCAUCUGAUAGGUGCUAAAAAGGUUCUGGAUGUGGGAACGUUUACAGGCGCUUCAGCACUAGCGUGGGCUCUAGCUGCCGGACCAGGAGCAGAGGUUUACACUAUGGAUAUUCAUUUGGACCAGUAUAAAAAGAUUGGUGUUCCCAUAAUAUCAAAGAAUGAGGAAGUUAUGAAAAGAAUUAUUCCUGUUGAAGCCCCUGCACUGGAAACCUUAGAUGAAAUGAUUGCCGAAGGAAAAAAUGGUACUUUUGAUUUUGCCUUUAUCGAUGCAGAUAAGGGGAACUAUCCUAAUUACUAUGAUCGCGUAACCACCCUGUUGAGGAAAGGAGGUGUAUUGAUGGUAGAUAAUUCCUUAUGGCAUGGUGCUGUGGCCAAAGACCCAUCCACAUUCAACGGAGAUACAAAAGCUAUUGAUGACAUGAACAAAGUGAUCUUCAACGACAAUCGCACCUACUCAGCUCUUAUUAAUACUGGUGACGGGCUUCAUAUUGCUUUUAAAAAGUGA